UGAUUCUGUUGUUUCAGGUUUGCCGUACUUCGAUCCUGAUUUGUGGAAGGAAAUGUCUCGCGACUCGUUUGCUGCUCACUUGAAGAGUUUGGGUGCGGCCCAUACCCUUCCUAAGCCGGCUCCUAAAAAGUCCAAGAAGAAGAAAGCUGAAUCCGGGUCUUCCCGACAGGAGACGGAGGGGACGGGUACCUCUAGUGCGAACCCGGAUCCUCUCUUGGAGGUAGAGGAUCCGGAGUUGAGUGCUGACCAGCUGGGGGUGGAGAGCCCGGAUUUACAACCGAAGCUGAAGAAGAGGAAGCCAAGCUCUUCUGUGAGAAAGGUUGUUGAAGCCGGGAACGUAGAUCUCGGGAAGUCGCCUGUUGAAGUUCUUGAUCUGGAUGUUGAAGGCGAGGAAGGGACCCGGGUGGCUUCUGGAGUUGGCAAGCCGGAGUUUGGCCGGUAUUCUUUGAAGAAGGUGAUAGGACUGAUGUCUGAACUUCCGUCCGAUCAGGAUUGGGAGGUCAUGGAGGAGGAGGGUCUUGUCGAGAAUUUCAAGGGGCUGGGGAGUCUUUGGGCCGAGCUUGGUGGUCGUUUGGCCGGGUUUAACACCCAUGCUCUGAACCAGUUAAAAAAGGAGAGGGAGUUUUCUGCCGAUAGCCUGACCCGGAUCUCCAAACUCGAGAAGAGUCUGGACCUGGCACGGUCGGCCAAGGAGGUGUUGGAGACCGGGAUGGCCACGAGGAUUAAAGAGGCUGAAGCUCGGAAGGAGGCUGAGCUUGGGCAGAGGGCUAAAGAUGCUGAGAUCCGGGCGGAUGAAACUGAGAGGAAGGUCGCCGGGCUGGAGGAGCAGGUAGCUGAGUUGAAGAAGCAGUUGGAGACUCGGAAGGCUCCUGCGGAUGUUAUCUCUGAUUUCCAGAAGUCCCCGGAGUAUGGGGAUGCUUUGUCGAAGGCCGCAGCCGCUGAAGUUAUGCGCUGCUGGACCGUGGCCGAAAAGCAUCUCAAGACGGACCCGGGUGCCAAUGCUCAGAGUUUCAUCGACCUCUAUAUCGCCGCAAAGGACCAAAUCGCUGCAGGUGGGCCGGAGCCCGAACCAUAUGUCGCCCCGGGUCAGGAGGUGGACUCGGAUUCCUCUGCUGAGUCCGAACCUGUGGAUGAAGAGAUUCCUGUCCAAGAUCUUCUUGCCGAUGAUCCUUCCGUCCAAGUCCCUCCUCCUGCUUAGAUUUAUUUUUGCUUUUGUUUUUGAAAACAAUGUUUUGUAAGUCUUCAACAUGCUUGUAUCUCCGGAUUGGUUUAUUGACCGGGUCUGUGUGGACCCGGGACUAUGGAUGCUGGUUUUGCUUAUUUUGACCAAAUAUUUGUUUAUCGUGUUUGCUUGUGAAUGCUUUUAUAUACUUCUCGUUCGAAUUGAUUGUUUUCGUAGCUUUGUACUUAGAAAUUUUUCUAAGUAAAUGGAGUAGAUGGACCCGGGCAAUUUUUACCCGGGUUGAUUGCUUUAUAGAUGUUUGUACUUAGAAAUUUUCCAAGUAAAUGAAAUAGAUGGGCCCGGGUAAGUUCUACCCGGGUUGAUUGCUUUAACAUGUUUGUACUUAAAAUUUUUUCUAAGUAAAUAAAAUGGAUGGACCCGGGUAGAUCUUUCCCGGGUUGACUGCUUAAACAUGU